GCGGGCCGUGAGGCGGCCGGGUGAGGGACGGGAGGGCCGCGGCGGGGCCGCCCGCCAGCGCGUGCGGGAACCUAGGCGAGGGGAUUCACCGAAAUGGAGCGAUGUGGAGAAACCAACGCGACUGCAAGUCCCCAGAGCGUUUGUGCGGCAGCGCGGUGUACGUCAGUCGUGUUGGGCUCGAAUUGAAGCCUAACUGCUGGCAGACCUGAUGGGAAGAAGAAACGGAAGUGGUGAUACACAGCUGGAUACGUGUCCAACAGAACACGAGGGCAGGCGAUCUCAGGCACGAGACUGUGUGAAUACUGUAAACACAUAUGGGGACAUUUCUCAUCUGGAGGGCCCUGGCUAUUCGAAACACCUUCCAGGCACUGUCUGGAGGUCCUUGUCUGGCUUCCUUGUGAAAAUGACCCAAAUUUCAAGAUAGACGUUCCCAAGAGCAAGAAUUACUGUCUGCGCAUUGUCUGUACUGUGCCUGCUACAAGGGCCUCCCUCUGUGUGAGCUCCUGAAAUACACCUCUGUGCCACAGUAAACCAGCAGAGCUGUAACCUCGUCACCCUGUGGACUUUUGAAAGUCCUCCAGGAGCGCUUUCCGUCCGGGCUGAGCGCUUGCCCUCAUAGGAGACGUUUCUUCAGCCUGCAGUAGCGGUGAGCUCCAACGCACGCUGGUCCUGUGAUCCUCAGUGCUGUGGGAUGAGACCUCCUGGUCGGCUCAGCCCCAAGGGGAGAGCGCAGGAGGAGCUGGACAGAGCGAUGCCACUUGCUGAGAGACUUGGCAUGGUCAGGAAUACAUUGAAGGCUGUCAAGAGGAAUUUAGUUAAGGGUUUUUCCACCAUGUUCGGAAAGAAAAAGAAAAGGCUUGAAAUUUCUGGGCCCUCUAACUUCGAACAUCGUGUCCAUACUGGCUUUGACCACCGAGAGCAGAAGUUCACGGGACUACCUCAGCAGUGGCACAGCUUGCUGGCGGACACGGCCAACAGGCCGAAGCCUAUGGUGGACCCCUCAUGCAUCACUCCCAUUCAGCUUGCGCCUAUGAAGACUAUUGUUAGAGGAAAUAAGCCUCGGAAGGAUACUUCAAUCAACGGCCUGCUCGAAGAGUUUGACAAUAUCUCCGUGACUCGAUCCAACUCCCUGCGGAAGGAAAGUCCUCCCGCACACCACCAAGGCAAUGCAAACCAUGUGCCAAGGCACCAGGAGGAAAAUGGCUACAUCACAUAUUCGCAGUACUCCAGUGAGUCAGACACAACAACGGACUAUGUCAUGGACAAGUAUAGAGACAAGCCUCUCUAUGGGGAAGAGCUAGACAGGUUCUACAAAGGGGGCUACGCUGCCAAGCAGAACGGGCACAUGAUGAAAGUCACUUCCAGGGACAUCUAUUAUUCAGAAAUGACACCCUUGAAAUCAGAUCUCUCCAGGUUCCUCCCAGAUUACCACGCACAAGUGGAGGUGAAGCCCAAACCGCUCGAAUAUGGAGGUCUAAAGCUGGAAUACCAGAGGAUUCCCAGUGGAUCCUCACUGGACUACAGAGACCCCUUCCCUUAUGCCCCGUCCCGAGCAUCGGUGCAGAGCGAGUGCCCCAAGGAGAGGCUGGAGUACAGCGACAGCGACUGGGGGCACAGCCCAGCCAAGGAUGACUAUGACAAGAGGCCCAAGUCAUCCUACGUGGACCCAGCGAGCCCUCAGCCAACAAUGAGGCAGAGGUCCAGGUCGGGCUCUGGUCUGCAGGAGCCAGCCAUGCCCUAUGGAGCAAGUGCGUUUAAAGCACACCAGCAGGGACACUCCUACAGCUCCUACACCUACCCUCGCUUGUCUGAAACUGCAGCAGGCAUCUCCAAGGUGGAUUAUGACCGAGCACAACUGGUAGUUAGCCCACCACUCUCUGGAUCGGACACCUACCCAAGGGGCCCAGUAAAGCUACCUCAAAGUCAAAGCAAAGUCAGCUAUUCCAGCAGCAGCUACCAGUACCCUCUGGUCUACCACAAAGCAUCCCACUAUCACCAGCCGUCCCUGCAGCCGAGCUCUCCCUAUAUUUCCACCGCCUCCUACCCCAGCUCCCCAAGUAUCACGUCAAGUGCUUAUCCCCCACCCAGCUGGGGCUCCUCCUCAGACCAGCAGCCCUCCAGGGUGUCCCACGAACAGUUCAGAGCUGCCCUGCAGCUGGUCGUCAGCCCCGGUGAUCCCCGGGAGUACCUGGACAGCUUCAUCAAGAUCGGGGAGGGCUCCACGGGGAUCGUCUGCAUUGCCACCGAGAAGCACACGGGCAAGCAAGUCGCCGUGAAGAAAAUGGAUCUCAGGAAACAGCAGAGGAGGGAGCUGCUGUUCAAUGAGGUUGUAAUCAUGAGAGAUUACCAUCACGAAAACGUGGUUGACAUGUACAACAGUUACCUUGUCAGCGACGAGCUGUGGGUGGUGAUGGAGUUCCUGGAGGGCGGCGCUCUGACAGACAUCGUGACUCACACCAGGAUGAACGAGGAGCAGAUAGCGACCGUCUGCCUGUCUGUCCUGAGAGCCCUGUCCUACCUGCACAACCAGGGUGUCAUCCACCGCGACAUCAAAAGCGACUCCAUCCUCCUCACAAGUGAUGGGCGGAUCAAACUGUCCGACUUCGGGUUCUGUGCCCAGGUGUCCAAGGAGGUGCCACGGAGGAAGUCUCUGGUUGGGACGCCGUACUGGAUGGCACCGGAGGUGAUAUCACGCAUGCCCUACGGCACCGAGGUGGACAUCUGGUCGCUGGGCAUCAUGGUGAUAGAGAUGAUCGACGGCGAGCCUCCCUAUUUCAACGAGCCACCGCUGCAGGCCAUGCGCCGAAUCCGGGAUAACUUACCGCCCCGCGUGAAGGACAUGCACAAGGUUUCCUCUGUUCUCCGGGGCUUCUUGGACUUGAUGUUGGUGCGGGAACCCUCGCAGAGAGCGACGGCGCAGGAACUGUUGAGACACCCAUUCCUGAAGCUGGCCGGGGCCCCUUCUUGCAUCGUGCCCCUCAUGAGGCAGCACCGGCACCGCUGAAUGCGGCAGCUUCUCAGGAGGAGGUUGGUGCAGAGGCCAGGUAACGGCUAGGCAGGAAUCCCAGCGGUUGUGUGGGAACCACAGGAAGGGGUGGGCGAAACCUUGCGUAGGAAAACCCACCCUGUGGAAAUAACGUGGUGUAUAAAAACCACAAGGGUGCUCCCUGGGGUUGCGAAGGACCCAGGGGGUGAUCCUGGCCACCACGCAGAGGACCACAUUCCAUGGCUGCGCCACGCUCUCAUCUUCACCAUCCAGGCAGAAGGCGCCAAAUGCAAACAAGGUGGAAAAGAUAACAAAUAGAGGAUAGCACAACCAGAGCGAAACACCAGGAUUUCAAAAGUAAUGGCUACGGCACUUCUAUUUCAGAAAAACACUUUUCUGACAAGAAAAAAAAAGCACUUUUUUAAUCUCAGUCAUAGCAGUGUAAUGUAUUUUGAAAUGAAUUUGUAAUUUUCUGUACAGUACUUUUGAUAAUUUGCAGUACUUUGUCAUGUAACCAUUGUGCUCGUUGAAGUAAUAUGUGUAACUUAGCAAGAAUUUGAGAAGAUAAAAAUGUUUCCUACUUUUUUUAAUCCCUUUUGAAUAUGGAAGAAAAAAAGAGCCCUUUAGGAAGUAAGAAAAUCUGGCAGAUUUUCCCUCGGGAUGAGGAUAGUGCUUGUCCUGUUGUCACAGUGGCCUGAAGAGCGAUGGGUGCCAACAAGGAGAGCAGUGUCAGAGCAGUCCCCUUGAGUGCUUGCCCUCUCAGGGCUGCUGGCCUCGUGGCAGCCAUCCGAGCUUCUGCUGAAGGCUGGAAGGCACCGGGGCCCUCAGCCCCCCUUUAUCCAGUGAUGGGAACCAAUGCAGAUGUACCUUUGCUCAAAGGUCAUCCAGCGACGUGGCAUCCCUUCCCUUUUCUCUGCUGCUAAGUCAGUUCAGUUUUGUUAUUGCAGAAAUACCCGUUCUUUAUGUCAUGCUCUGCAAGUUGAUGGAGACGUUCUCCAGAAUCGGAAGAGACCGUUGUGAUACAUUAUGAGAUGUUUGCCAUAUAGAAGUCGUGCUGCUGUCUAGACCUUCUUGAAUGUUGAUACAACAGUUGACUACUGCGGAACAUUUUUGUGUUACUUGUUGGAUGAACUUGCAUGUUAACUGUAGCUUUGCCUUUAAAACUUCUAGAAGUGCUUCAUAAUUAUUUCAAUGAUAAAUUAAUUUUAUUUAUUAAUGAUUAGUUUUUAAUUAUGUAUAGUAUAAAAGCCAUGUUUUUCCAGUUAUUGUUUUCUUACUGACCUCAUUUUAUUAUCUCAAAAGCCAAUUUUGUGACAACAGGAUUAGCUUAUUUCUUAUUACAAAAUUUCAUAGUGAAUAUAUUGUUAUUUGCUGUAGCAAAUUACAACCAAACAUCUAAACCUGCCAGGAGCUGUUUCUUGAAGAUCUUCCUCCCAGACAAAAGAUUUACUAAUAGGACAGAAGCUUUUUCAGUACCACCCUUAAAAGUUAAGUGAAGCGACAUCUGAAGUGGAAGUACUAAUUAGAAAAAACAAACAAACGGAGAAGGGGAGAGAAAUACAAACUUGAACAUUGAGUAAAUGUUUUCUAAUGCGUAUGUCUCACCUCCCUCUGCUUUCUCUUCUUAACCCUGUUUGGGCAUCUCAAGGAAGUGUGUUUAGCUGAGCCCUUGCCCUGCCACAAACACGCUCAGCCAGUACAGACCCGCAGAAACCCAGCCAAGAGAACAAGGGUGCCUACGGAGUUUUUAAGUGUUUGCAUUUUGUAGUCUUGACAACUCAGGAAAAAAAAGGCUGCACGAGUUCGGGCAAUGGCAUACAGGUGAAACUGUAAUACUAAACAAAAUUAAACUUUUUUAAACCAUCUUUGAAUAAAAAUGGGGUUGGUGGGUUUUCCUCUUUAAUAUUCUGCACACUUUAGACUGUUCAAGUGGAGAAUUUUCUGCAACUUUCUUAUCAUUAGAUACUUCAGACAGUGUUCAUUGAGGUUUACUGAAAGUUUUGUCAGUUUCAGAGGUUGUUGGUUUUUUUCGUGACCACCAGCUACUGGUGAGACAAUGCACAUGCAAGUUAAAUAAAUUAAUACAUAAUUUAAUUCUCA